AGUCACCAUGAGGGCGCUGGUCCUGCUCUGCUGCUUCGUGGCGUCUCUCCUGCUCUCAGGACAAGCAGAAGAGGCAGAGGAUGUGAGUGAAGAAGCCCCGGUGCGGGACCGCUCCCACAUCGAGGAAACUCUGAUGCUGAAUGAGGACAAGCCGGCUGAUGACUUUUCAGCGGUGCUGCAGCGGCUUCGAAAGAUCUACCAUUCCUCCAUCAAGCCCCUGGAGCAGUCUUACAAGUACAAUGAGCUCCGGCAGCAUGAGAUCACAGACGGGGAGAUCACAUCCAAGCCCAUGGUGCUGUUCCUGGGACCGUGGAGUGUCGGCAAAUCAACCAUGAUAAACUACCUCCUCGGGCUGGAAAACACUCGCUACCAGCUCUAUACAGGUGCUGAGCCCACCACCUCCGAGUUCACAGUCCUCCUGCACGGGCCCAAACUCAAAACCAUUGAGGGCAUUGUCAUGGCUGCCGACAGUGCCCGGUCCUUCUCACCCCUUGAGAAGUUUGGUCAGAAUUUUUUGGAGAAGCUGAUUGGCAUCGAGGUUCCCCACAAACUUCUGGAGCGGGUCACAUUUGUGGACACACCAGGCAUCAUUGAGAACCGCAAGCAGCAAGAAAGAGGUUACCCCUUCAAUGACGUGUGCCAGUGGUUCAUCGACAGAGCCGACCUCAUCUUUGUCGUCUUUGACCCAACCAAGCUGGACGUGGGUCUGGAGCUCGAGAUGCUCUUCCGCCAGCUGAAGGGCCGGGAAUCCCAGAUCAGGAUCAUCCUCAACAAGGCUGACAACCUGGCCACCCAGAUGCUGAUGCGCGUUUAUGGUGCUCUCUUCUGGAGCUUGGCCCCUCUCAUCAAUGUCACAGAGCCCCCAAGGGUUUACGUCAGCUCCUUCUGGCCACAGGAGUACAAGCCUGACACCCACCGGGAGCUGUUUCUCCAGGAAGAGAUCUCCCUCCUGGAGGACCUGAAUCAGGUGAUUGAGAACAGGUUGGAGAACAAGAUCGCCUUCAUUCGCCAGCACGCUAUCCGGGUCCGUAUCCAUGCCCUCUUGGUUGACCGCUAUCUGCAGACUUACAAGGAUAAAAUGACCUUUUUCAGUGAUGGAGAACUGGUUUUUAAGGACAUUGUGGAAGAUCCCGAUAAAUUCUACAUCUUUAAGACCAUCCUGGCAAAGACCAAUGUCAGCAAAUUUGACCUUCCCAACCGUGACGCCUACAAGGACUUCUUUGGCAUCAACCCCAUUUCCAGUUUUAAGCUGCUCUCCCAACAGUGUUCCUACAUGGGAGGCUGCUUCCUGGAGAAGAUCGAGCGGGCCAUCACCCACGAGCUUCCCAGCCUCCUGGGUAGCCUUGGGCUAGGGAAGAAUCCAGGUGCUCUCAACUGUGACAAAACAGGGUGUGGAGAAACCCCAAAGAAUCGCUAUAAGAAACACUAGCUUGUGUGCAGCCAUUCUCGAGUUCCUAUUGGUGAAUGAGCUUGUGUCCUAACUGUCUGAGAAGUCCUGGUUUAGUAACCCUUUGAGCCACACUGGCAAGGAUUCGGCAUUGGAGAUUUGGGAGUUAAUUGAGGCCGGGAUAGAGGAAGGAACGCGGGUCAGAGGAGGAGAGUGGAAACUGUGAAUUAUAGUGUGCUUGUCUUGUCGCUUCAAUCAGGUUCAAUCAGGAGGCGAGUCGGGCAACAGCUGCUUUUCUGGGGCCAGCUCUUAGAGGGACAGAGAGCAGCUGUGUUUUAAAAUGUAUGGAAUUCGUGAGCUCACAGUAGCUGAAAUGCUUUCCUCCUUUGUGAGCUACAAAACAGUGACAUCGGAGUCACAGAGUGCCCUUCACCCCAUUUUGGUUUCCUUCACACACACAAUCUGGUUUGUCCCCGGCCCGAAGUUUGCGUUGACUUUCAGCAGUGGGCAGUCUCUUGGAUCUGACUCUACCUGGGUUU